ACAACUUAUUACAGUACCCACCGACCACCGUGGCGAUCAAGCGACCUAACGUUAGACAGCUGAAUUAUGUCUCUUCGGAUGAGUUUUCAAACAUUUUAAAACUUUCUUUUUUAUUUCUCCUCCUCAAUGGUGGAACAAGACAUACUGUAGUACAGUCCAGUUGAACAGCCGACGAAUAGAGACUGGAUUCAGCCCUCGGACUGUAAAAAAGUCUGCAACCCUGCCAAAUUACUGUAUAGCGUAUAUCGGACAGCUACCUUUGCUCAUCUCAAGGCCAACAGCGCCAUCUUGCUUUUAAUUGACCUCAUGUCUUUUCCGAGGGAAGGACUAAUGCGAAAUCAUAGUGAGUUUGACAGUAAGGGAGCUCGUUUUUUCAGAAUGGUGAUCGUUGCAGCUACUGCCCUGAUAGUCGUACCAUUUGCGUUGACGCUUUGGUGGAUAUCAUUGAUAUCUUUUACAUAUUACGGUUAUGAAGGCCCUGUUUAUCCUAUCAGCCCAUUACGAUGGCUUAUCGCUGUCUGUGUCCCACUCUACAUGUCUAUUGAUGCAUUAAACCGAAAGAAAUUGGACCGAGCCGGAGCAGUAUUAGCGUUUGUAAUAGGUGUCGUCAUGACGCUGAGUAGCUACUCUCAUUUCUUGAGCAUGGCUGCAUUCUUCUAUUCCGGGUCUAAGCUCACCCGAUUCCGGGCCAGAAGGAAGCAAGAGCUGGAAGAGGAUUAUAAAGAAGGUGGACAGAGAACAUGGAUUCAGGUCUUCGCAAACGGGGGACUUCCUGCACUGUAUGCUGCCCACUUCAUCCUUGACACCGGCUUCCAAGAUCGCCCGCUGGACUUCUCACACUAUUACAACUCCACGUUCAUCGCUCUAGGGGUGAUGAGCGGGAUAGCCUGCUGCAGCGGAGAUACCUGGGCUUCCGAGGUUGGGAGCGUCGUCGGGAUGGAGAAACCUUUCUUGAUCACAACUUGGGAAAGGGUGCCAAGAGGAACCAAUGGCGGUGUCUCUCUCGUCGGUACCCUGAUGAGCUUUGCCGGAGGUCUCGUCGUGGGCCUUGGAUACCUCGUGGGAAUCUUCUUAACGUUCAGUCAGGAGAUGCUACGUGACUCUCCUCCCCAGUGGCCGGUCGUGCUCUUCGGGGGCGUGGCCGGCCUGGUGGGCUCCCUCUUCGACUCUCUGCUCGGGGCGUGGUUCCAGUAUUCAGGCUACUGUACGAGACAGUGUAAGGUGGUCCACCAGGCCUCGCCCACCACCAAACACAUAUCGGGCGUCGCCCUCUUUGACAACGAGGGCAUCAACCUCCUAUCGUGUCUCCUCACCGUCCUCGUCAUGCCUCACAUCUGCUUCUCCUAUUGGCCUCGGAUCAGCUAUUAAAGUGAGCCUUCGGGUAGGAAAACGGUAGUCUGCAAGCACAGACUCUUAUUUGGUACUUUAACCAAUAACAGGUCUAGAGUCAAGACUAGACGCCAAAGGCUCUGUCUGUGUCAGGUAAGAGCCAGCCACAGUACAUAGUGAAUCCUAGUCUCACUACUUCAGACUAUGCAAUUUGCAAAAACCAAGGGUCUGUGCCUGCAGACUAGGAAAACAGUGCCCUCAUACAUAAACCUAGGCGAUUGAUCAUUAGCUGUAUUUUUAUGAUCAAUCAUACACAAUUAUCAAUGCAAUCGAUUGUAGAAAAUCAUUCCCAAAGUCGGUCGCUGAGGUUCGUGUUGCAGGGCCCAGAUCGUUGUACCUCUGGAAAGGAGAAAUUUCUUCAUCUUGAAUCAGCAGUAUUUUGCCAGUUUGGUAGUUUGCCACUUGGUAAAUUUUGUAUAUUUAGUAAAUUUUUGUAAAUUCCCGUGUUUUCCUUAUGUUCCAUGUGGUCUCAUUCCGCUCGGUCCAAUCAGAGUUGGGCUACGACCAGUACCGGCGGCACAAUGCACUAUACAGUAUAAAGCCCAGUCACACUUUGCUGAAUGUGAAGUCAAUGGCCCGUAUUCUGAAGUCAGUUUUAACUUAGACCAUGGUCUAACUCUGUGCUAAAAUUAUGGGGAGCCAAAUAUUCAAAAUUUCUGUUUGUAUUGUAUAUUUCUUAUGUUUACUAUUUUGUUUCCUUUUGCUUUCAUAAUCAAGAAAAAUACUUCAGUUAUCAUUCCUAGACAAUUAUGAACGAUUUGAGUGUCAUAUGAGUUAAUAGUAAAUUGGAUGUGUACUAUUAAGGAUUUGUGCCCCAAUUGGCUCUCCAUAAUUAAACCACAACUUUAAACCAGGUUUUAAUUUAAACCUGAGUUCAGAAUACGGGCCAAUAUUUUUAUCCUAUAACAUAACACCUUGUUGUGACAUCAGGCAUCGCUACAACAUUACUGGUUGUAACAUGAACCCAGUUAGCGCAUUGUAAAUAGUGCUAACAACGUUUUUGUGCGGCUGGUUCUAUUCGUCUACUAACCAUGAUUUGGUAUAGUUGCCAUUUAGUCGUGAUUCAUUUUGUCUAAUUUCCAGUUAGGCUAUAGUAUACCCAUCAUUUGGUCUCACCCAGUUGGUCUCACACUGCCUGGUCUAUGCGAUUAGAUGAAAUGUUUAUAAACCAAAUUAUUUGCCAAGGUGCAAAAUAAUGGGUAAUUAAAGUAGAAUUUAGACCAUCCGGGCUUUAAACUAUAAAGUGACCGUUAGACAAUUUGAUGGUUUAAACAAACCGUAAUUAGUCCUAAUUGACAGUGGACGACGUGUCUUUAGCCAUAAUGGUGUUAGAUGAUCUGCAAUUAGACCAAUUGAUAUACUCUAUUAUAUGACAACGAGAUAGAUCCUUGUCAUUUGAUCGGUUGUUUGAUAUCGAUCAUUCAGUCUAUUUUACAAUGUCAUCAAUCGUGCAAUUUUUUAUCCAUUCAUCGUGAAAUUUUGGAUCCAUACGAUUUUGUCCAUUGCACGCGCGCACCGCUGCAGGCACUACAAGUAAGGUGCUUGCAGCGCGCAUGUUGUAUGUACGCGACAAUCAACUGACCGAGCAUAUUUUGCAUCAAAAUUAAUAAAUUUGAUAUGAAAAAUAAUAUAGUUUUAGAUGUCAUAUAAACCAAAUAAUGAAUGUUCUAUUCAUUCGUGCAAUGGACAGAAUACUUCAUUUGGUGAAAGAUGAAAUGAAUGGAUCCUUUCAUCUUUCACCUCAUGAAGUAUUCUGUCCAUUGCACUCAUAAACAUUCCUUAUUUGUAUAUUGUCAAGUUAAUUUGUUACAUUGAACGACAGUGGGGAGCAUUCCAUGAACCUACAUGUAUCUCACUGUGAUUGCAAAGCUUUGUGAUACAGGCCCCCGAUCAGCAAUCAACUGCAAUUUUUUUUGCAAUUCAUAAUAAGACAUAUGAUUAAUUUGGGGACCGUAAAUAGAUUUACAAUUUACUACAGGGUUCCCACAGUCAUGGAAAAUCCUGGAAAAAUUUGUAAGUAAGGGAAAAGUCAUGGAAUUGCAUUUACCUCUUGGCUAUGGCAGCUUUCCAGUUUGUCGUGAAUUGCAACUCUCAUACUCUGCUACAUGUAUUAUAGUUGGUGUUCAUGAUUUCCAUUUUUCCCAGUUUUGUGACAUCUUAAAUUCUACAUACCUCCCGGGAAGUCAUGGAAAACAGCAAUUUAGUCAUGGAAAAGUCAUGGAAUUCUGUUUUCAUAUUUCUGUGGGAACCCUGAGCUAUCUUUCAACACUCUAUUACUCUAUGUGUCAUAUCAUUGUGUAUGUUGAUAUCUCUUCAUUGUGCCAAUUUCCCAUUUAAAUUGAUUAAUAUCGUAAGGACUAGUUCAUAUUUUAAUAGGAUCUAUGUAAGUGUGUGAGUAAAAUGCCCUUGUUUAGGGGCUUCCUUUUUUUUAAUGGAA